AUGGAAGUCAGGCAUGACUGGCUCUCCUCAUCCCCCCAUGAGGGCUUCGAGCAGAUGAGGCUGAAGAGCAGACCCAGGGAGCCUUCCCCAAGCCUCACCAGAGUAGGUGCGAACUUCUACAGCACUGUCAAGCAGCAGGACUACAGUGCCAGUGUCUGGCUGAGGAGGAAAGACAAACUGGAGCACUCCCAGCAAAGAUGCAUUGUGAUCUUUGCACUGGUAUGCUGCUUUGCAAUUCUGGUUGCACUGAUAUUUUCGGCAGUGGAUAUUAUGGGAGAAGAUGAGGAUGGACUCUCAGAAAAGAACUGUCAAAAUAACUGUCGGGUUGCUCUUGUGGAAAAUAUUCCUGAAGGGAUCAACUAUUCAGACAGUGCACCAUCCCAUUUGUCUCUUUUCCAAGGCUGGAUGAAUUUGCUUAAUAUGGCUGAAAAGUCUGUUGACAUAGUAUCUUCCCAGUGGGACCUCAAUCACAGUCAUCCAUCAGCAUGCCAGGGUCAGCGUCUUUUUGAAAAACUGCUUGAACUGGCGUCCCGAAAUAUUGAGAUAAAGCUAGUGAGCGAUAAACUGCCCGUGGAAUCCAAGGUAUUAAACGACUUGAAAACAAAGGGUGCUGAAGUGUUGUAUAUGAACAUGUCAGCAUAUAAUGAAGGUCGGCUUCAGUCAUCGUUCUGGAUUGUUGAUAAACAGCACGUAUACAUUGGAAGUGCCAGCCUAGACUGGAGAUCACUGGGACAGAUGAAGGAACUUGGUGUCAUCGUAUACAACUGUAGCUGCCUGGUCCUGGAUUUACAAAGGAUAUUUGCCUUGUAUAGCUCAUUAAGAUAUAAGAAUAAAAUACCUCCGAGUUGGUCUAAGAGACUCUAUGGAGUGUACGAUACUCAAAAUAAACUGACGCUGCAGCUGAAUGAGACAAAAUCGGAAGCUUUUGUGUCGAACUCACCUAAACUCUUCUGCCCCAAGGACAGAGUCCUGGAUAUUGAAGCUAUCUACAGUGUUAUUGACGAUGCCAAACAGUUUGUGUACAUUGCUGUCAUGGACUACUUGCCCAUUGUCAUUGACACCAAUGCUAAACGGUACUGGCCAUAUUUAGAUGGGAAGAUAAGAGAAGCAUUAGUUUUACGAAGUAUUAAAGUACGACUUCUCAUCAGUUUCUCAAGAGACACAGAUCCCCUUACUUUUAACUUUGUUUCAUCUCUGAAAGCUAUUUGCACUGAAGUUCCAAGCUGUAGUUUGAAAGUUAAAUUCUUUGACCUUGAGGAGGAGAGUGCCUGCUUUCUUAAAGAACAGAAGAACACUUCCCUUCCCAAAUUGAAUCGUAACAAAUACAUGGUGACUGAUGGAGCUGCGUAUAUUGGUAAUUUUGAUUGGGUAGGAAAUGCUUUUACGCAGAAUGCUGGAGCUGGCCUUGUUAUCAACCAAGCAGACGCGGGGAACAGCACAAGCAUCAUUAAACAACUCAAGGCUGUUUUUGAAAGGGACUGGUAUUCACAUUAUGCCAAAAGUUUACAACCAACAAAAAUCCCAAACUGCUUUAACCACAAACUCAAUAAAGGAGCUUCAAAUAAGACUUCCAUGAGCAAUGUGAAUUAGAAAGACUAUUUUACCAUUUAGUAUGGCAAUGAAGAAUUACGUUGGGGUGUAGCCUUCUUUCAUAUUUACAGACAAAAGACUUAAAGAAAAAGCAAAAAAAAAAAAAGUUUGGUUUGGGGGUAUUUUUAGAAAAAAGCACACUUAUAUUAAAUCUGUCUAACCUAUAUUCUCUAUAUGAAUUAAGACUUUCAAAUUUGUUACUUCUGACACUGAAUGUCAUUUCUGCUUCCAUGUAAAUUUUAAUGUUCCACAUUUGAAUUUAUCAGCAUGUGUCAAUGUUUCUGUUUUAGGACUUUCCCCAAUUGCCAACCUGGCUAGAGCAAACCUUGAGGCAAAAUGAAGAUUCAAGCUAUGAAAUGGCAUUCUAAGAUCAGUUAUUGACAUACAGAUAGAUGGUAGGUUUACUGUAGUAGAAAAUGUAAAGGAAUAAGCGAAGUUUCACCCAUAUAAAUAAUUCCUGUUGAAUAACUACCUUGUCUUAAGAAUACUUACUAGUUUUGAUCAUUUGCUUUGAAUAUCACUAUUCCAUGUCUUCUAACUAGCCUUAAAAUACAUUGGAGUUACAGGACUGGUACUUCUUUCAUCUCCUAACAGUAUGAGAAAUUUUUGAGGGGCUGGGGUUGGCCUCAUCGAGUUUGUCACAUUCCCUAAAGCCUCUCAGAUUUUUUAUCAAAGUACUGUGGGUUCCUUUCAACAGAAUAGUUAUUUCCAAUUACAUGCAUUUUAUCUAACAGUGAAAAUCUCUAGGUUAAUAGCUAAAACCUAGAACUGAUUUUUUUUAUGUUUUUGUAAUCUGAAGAAAAUUUCUUCCCCAAGUUAAAUAUUUAUCAUGUGUGAGUCAGCAGAUAUGUGAUGACUCAUUAUUAAACGAAUGCACAUCUCAAAAUCAAAUACUGCUUUUUAGAAAGGCCAAGGGUUAUGCAAAAUCAUGCAAUAAUUGUUGUUAAAUGAUCAUACAGUAAUGUUGUUGAUUUUUGCACCUGAAGAAUUUGCU